AUGGACAACACAACAAACGAGAUGGACCGAAAACGCAUAUUCACAGAAAUAUGCGCCGAGGCAUUGAAGAUCGAAACAGACGACCUGGACGAGACUCGCUCGUGGGUCGCACUGGGCGGCGACUCGAUCGCGACCAUCCGGCUCAUUGCGCGAUGCGAGGAGCGAGGAAUGAGAGUCAUGACAGCAGACGUGAUCCGGUGCGCCAGCUUAACAGAGCUCUUCGAACACGUCCAAUAUCUACAGCCUUCCGAAUCAAUCGACCGCGAACUCGAGCCCGAAGAAGCCGAUGCAGCGCCCUUUACUCUAUGGCCUGAAUACCACGCCGCGACAACAGAGGAGAAACAGACGUUGUUACAGCAAGUGGCCACGCUCUGCAACCUGACGCCCGACGAUAUCGAGAAUGUAUAUCCCUCCACACCAUUACAGGAAGGCCUGAUGGCCAUCACCUCCCGAACCCCGGCCGCGUACGUCGACCGUCGCGGCUUCACCCUGCCCCCGACCGUCGACAUUGCCCGGUUCCGAGCAGCGUGGGAAGCCCUCGCGGCGAGAACGGCCAUUCUGCGCACACGAAUCAUCAUCGACCCGUCCAGCGGACGAUCGCUGCAAGUGGUGACGCGCGACACGGUUGUCUGGCGCGAGGCAAAAACACUAAAUGAAUACCUGGAGCACGACCGUCAGGAGAACAUCACCCUCGGCCAGCCCUUGAACCGGUGCGGCUUGAUCCAGGACGGACCUGCGUUUGUGUGGACGGUGCACCACAGCAUCUACGACGGGUGGAGCGCCCUCCAGCUCUACCGGCAGUUGGCUGCACUCUACAACUCCGAGCAGCUAUCCCCGCCCGUCCCUUACACUCGAUUUGUGCGCUACCUGCAACAGCAGAGUCCCGACCGCGCUGCGCACUACUGGCGAGACCAGCUCCACGGCGAGGAUGUCAUGGCGGAGUGGCCGGCUCUCCCCAGCGCAACGUACCAACCCAGACCGCGUGCGCAGUACCAGGCCAAGAUCCCGCUCCCUGAUGGAUCCUCGGGGCUGGUGAUGAUGUCGGCCGUGCUCCGCGGAGCAUGGGCCCUAGUGAUGGCGCAGUACAGCGGGUACAGCGAUGUGAUAUUCGGCGUGACGCUCUCCGGCCGAAACGCCCCUGUUCCAAAAGUCGCAGAUAUCACGGCUCCCCUGAUCACGACAGUCCCAGUACGGAUCCGCGUGGACCAGACAGUAACGGUGUCCGAGUUCCUGGAUCGGAUUCAAACGCAAGCCACCGGGAUGAUAGACUACGAACACACGGGUCUCCAGCAGAUCCGGACCCUUCUCCCUGAAUCCGCGUCAUCCCUGGACUUCCGCAACCUGCUGGUCAUCCAGCCGGCCGGGGAGCGCGACGUCUACGAGGCCUUUCCUGGGCUCGCGCCAAUUGAUAUCCCGAUGGAGGAUUUCGACAGCUACGCGCUGAACGUGGAGUGUACGCUCGGGCGUGAGUCCAUUGACAUGCAGGUGAACUAUGAUGAGGAGGUCAUACCAACCGCUGCCCUUGAAAAUGUCAUGGAUCAAUACUCGACGCUCGUGCGGAAGAUGUGCAGCUCUGAUGGCCAGACCUCAAUCAGCGGGAUCCUGACCCUCCCGCCUCAAGACGCAGAGCAGAUUAAGAGGUGGAACAGCGACGUUCCGUCUCCCGUACAUCAAUGCAUCCAUGAUCUGGUGCAGGAGCAAGUGCGCUCCCGACCGACGGCGAUAGCAGUGGACGCGUGGGACGGCCAGUUCACAUACGCGGAACUAGCCAGCCAGAGUCUGCGUCUGGCGCAGCACCUGACGACCAGCUAUGGGGUCGGACCCGAACAGACGAUCGGGCUGUGCAUGGAUAAGUCGCGGUGGGCGGUGGUGGCGAUGCUGGCGAUUCUCUACGCUGGCGGAGCGGUGCUUCCACUCUCAGGAAGCCAUCCACUCCAGCGGCUGCAGGGAAUUAUCGAGGAUGCGCAAGCGAAAGUCAUUCUUGCCGACGCAUCGCAGGCAGCCCGGCUGGCGGGGCUGAACCGGCCGUUGGUCAUCGUGGACUCGAGCGCCGUGGAAAGUCUCCCGCCUGCACCGGCGCAGGAUAUCCACAGCGCAGUGACACCGGGCAAUAUGGCCUGGGUGAUUUAUACGUCGGGCAGUACGGGCACGCCGAAAGGCGUUGUAUUGGAGCAUCGAUCGCUCUGCACGAGUCUCACGGCGCAUGCAAAGGCUAUAGGGAUCACGGAGGAUACGCGGACGCUGCAAUUCGCGGCAUACACGUUUGACGUCAGCGUGAUGGAUACCUUCAGCACGCUCCAGGCCGGCGGCUGCGUGUGUGUGCCUUCGGAGGAGCAGCGGCUGAAUGGCCUCGGGGAAGCGGCUGCCCGGUUGGGGGUCAACUACGCGGAGCUCACCUCGACAGUCACGGAGAUGCUGUCGCCGUCGCAGGUCCCAUCAUUAACCACACUACUCCUCAGCGGCGAGCCCCUGAAGCCCUCUGUCCUCGCUGCCUGGGCUCAGCACGCACGGGUGUUCAACUCGUACGGGCCGACCGAAUGCUCCAUCACAGCCUCGAACAGUCGGCAGCUCUUCCACCACGACGAAGCGCGCAAUAUCGGCGCGCCUAUGGAAUCGCUCUUUUGGGUGGUGCAGGCAGACAACCACCACGCCUUAUGUCCGAUCGGGACACCGGGGGAGCUGCUGAUCGAGGGCCCGCUGCUUGCGCGCGGCUAUCUGAACGACGAAAUCACCACGAACGAGAGCUUCAUUAGCCCUAGGUUCUCGGAACAACUUGGCCUCGACCUCGCUGGGCGCCGGAUGUAUCGGACGGGCGAUCUGGUCCGGCAGAAUGCGGACGGCUCGCUGCUGUAUCUGGGCCGAUGCGGAGGCCAGCAGGUUAAGAUCCGCGGGCAGCGGGUUGAUGUUGGCGAGGUCGAGCAUCAGAUCACGCAGCGCCUACCGGGUGUCAAGACGGUAGCGGUCGAGCUGGUCGGGCAAGGAAGCCAGCUCAGUUUGAUGGCCGUCAUUGACUUUGCAGGCGAGAGACCAGCCUUGGAAGCCCUGCGCGAGGAGCUCCUGCAGGCCCUGCCGCAGUACAUGGUGCCGACCCUGUACAUGCCCACCGACCAGAUGCCCAUCAAUGCCUCGGGGAAACUAGAUCGACGAGGCCUACGCGCCAAACUACAAGCUCUCACUGCUGCCGAGCUGCAGGAGUAUGCGCUGAAUGCCGGGCCCAAAAGCGCGCCCUCCAGCGCGAUCGAGCACAAGUUGCAUGCGCUCUGGGCCGAAACGCUCAAGGUCAAUCCUGCGAGCAUCGGCAGGGAAGACAGCUUCGUGCUCCUUGGAGGCGAUUCGAUCGCCGCGAUGCGCAUGGUUUCGACGCCGGCUGCUCAGGAACUGCAUCUGAGCGUGGCGGAUGUCUUCCAGCAUGCGCGAUUGUCAGAUCUCGCCCGUGUGCUCGAGGGACGCACUGACGAAACCGUCCAAGAGGACCCAGCGCCCUUUGCCCUUUGGGAUAUCAAGAAUGAACAGGCGCAGCGGGUCGCCAACUUGGCCGCACUGUGCGGUGUCGCUGCGGACAAAGUUGAAGACGUAUUCCCUUGCACGGCGAUGCAGGAGGGCCUCAUGGCUCUCACCACGCAUCAGCCCACAGCCUAUGUCGGCCGGCAGGUCUUCAAGCUCGCGGCCUCGAUCGAUACCACGCGCUUCCAAGAAGCAUGGAAAACGCUCGUCCACCACACCCCGAUCCUCCGCACGCGCCUCGCGGUCGACCAGGCCUCCGGAUCUGGCUCCCAGACCGGGGCAUUGGUUCAGAUUGUUGUCGGGCAAGAACUGGCUUGGAAGCACAGCACAGACCUGGACAAAUAUCUGGCCUACGAUGAGGCAGAGGGAAUGGCACUGGGCCAGCCGCUGGUGCGCUUAGCCCUGGUGCAGCAGAAGGAAGAGCGGUUCUUCGUCUUCACCGGCCACCACAGUGUGUACGACGGGUGGAGUGCAGCUUUGAUAUUCGAGCGCCUGGCGGAGAUCUAUACCCACAACCGCAUCCCGUCCCCUGUGCCGUACUCGCGAUUCAUUCGGCAUCUCUUGCACCAAGACCCCGCGUCUUCGGCGAGCUACUGGUCCGCCCAGCUGGAAGGCGAGGCAGUCGUCGACUGGCCACCACUUCCCCGAGCAGAUUACCAGCCGAAGCCUAUGCACCGGGAAACACACGAAAUUGCACUCCCUAAUGCGGAUGUCUCCCCGCGUGGCCUAUCCGAGCUCCCGCACGUCCUACGCGCGGCAUGGGCACUGGCCAUGGCCACAUACGCCGGCGGGCAGAGCAACAGCGUGGUGUUUGGCGCGACAGUUUCCGGCAGAAACGCACCUGUCCGCGGAAUCUCAGACAUGGUUGGGCCGACCAUUACAACCGUGCCUGUGGCUGUGCAUCUCGAUGCCCAGCAGCCCGUCCGCCAGUUCCUGGACGCAGUCCAGAAGCAGGCGGCGGAUAUGAUUCCGUUCGAACAGACGGGGCUGCAGCUGAUCCGGAAACUCGUCCCGGAGUCCUGCCAUGCAGCGUUGGAGCUCAGGAACCUGUUCCUGGUUCAGCCGUUGCCUGAUGCCGAGGAGAGCUUCCCUGGGUUGACGCCCUUGCCUGUCACGCUGCAGGGAUUCGAUACGUACGGGCUUACGGUUCAAUGCGCGCUUGGGGCCGACGCGGUGACGGUGGAAAUGCGCUAUGAUGAGAAUGUGAUUGCGAGUCCGCGGGUGAAGAGGAUCCUCAUGUGCUUUGAUCAUGUUGUACAGCAGCUAUGCAGCAGACGGAAUGAUGCGGUUCCGCUGGGAGACCUUUCCCUCCUGAGCGCGGAUGACUCUGCAACAAUUGUGCGGUGGAAUCAGACUGCGCCUGAACGCGUUGAACAGUGUAUACACCACCUGGUCCAGGAGCAAGUCACAGCACAUCCAGACUCCGUGGCCAUCUGUGCCUGGGAUGGUGAUUUGACGUAUGCCGAGCUCAACACGCAGGCGACACAUCUAAGCCAGUAUCUUCGAGGCAUGAAUGUCGGCGCAGAGCGCAUGGUUGGCGUUUGCAUGGACAAAUCCAAGCUGGCCGGCGUGGCGAUGCUGGCCAUCCUGCAGGCAGGAGGUGUCGUCGUCCCGCUGGGUGUCAACCACCCCCGAACCCGAAUCGAGGGCAUUGUGGAAGACACGAACAUCGAAAUCAUACUGGUGGACGAACAACAACGGGACCGCCUGUCGACCAUCCCCAAUGUGCAGCUGGUGGUGGUGGAGAAGAGUUUGUUUGAUACUCCAACCCCUCAACCGAUUGAGCCUGAGCCAUCACUGGCCACACCAGACAACGCCGCCUGGGUCAUCUACACGUCCGGAAGCACAGGCAAGCCAAAGGGCGUUGUUCUGCAGCACCGAGCCCUGUGCAGCAGUAUCCGCGCCCACGGGACACGGUUCAAGAUGGGCGCUCACACACGCAUGCUCCAGUUCGCCGCGCAUACCUUCGACGCCUGCAUCCAAGACUACUUCACGACACUCGCAUUCGGCGGCGUCGUCUGCGUCCCCAGCGAGCACGAACGCAUGAGCGAUCUCAGCACAGCCGUCCGCAAGCUCAGCGUCACCUUUGCGACCCUCACCUCGACCGUAGCCCGGCUGAUCGAUCCCGCCGAUGUCCCCGCCAUGCAACAGCUCGCCCUCGUCGGCGAACCCGUCAAGCCCGACGUCGUCCAGCGCUGGCUCGGCCACGCCACCGUGCUCAACGCCUACGGGCCCUCCGAGUGCUCCAUCCACUCCACCUGCAGCACGCCCCUGACCGACCCCAAGCAGGCCGCCAUCAUCGGCACCGGAAUGGGCUCGCGUGUCUGGGUGGCCGAGGUGCGGGACUACAACCGGCUCUGUCCGAUCGGCGUGCCGGGCGAACUGCUCAUUGAGGGACCGAUUCUGGCAAGGGAGUACCUCAACGACACCCUGAAGACCCAGAGCGCGUUCAUCGCCAACCCGGCAUUCCUCACCGCGCUUGGGACCCCGUGCAGCUCGACUAACGGCCGCAUGUAUCGGACCGGCGACCUCGUCCGACUCGACGAGGACGGAUCCCUCACGCACCUCGGCCGACGCGAUACGCAGAUCAAGAUCCGCGGACAGCGCGUCGAGGUCGGCGAGAUCGAGUACCAGAUCACGCAGCAGCUCCCGGACGUGCGGUCGGCGGCCGUCGAGCUCCUCGAGGACGCGGGCAAGGUCGGUCUCACGGCGGCACUGGAUUUCGCUCUGGAUAGCGAGCUGCGCUGUGGCCCGGCCUCUGAGCUGGGCGUUCUCCUCCCUUCACCUGCUUUGACGACCGGACUACAGCGCCUGCGGGGAUCGCUGUUCCAGGUCCUGCCGGCCUAUAUGGUGCCCAGUGCAUUCCUGCCCAUCGUGGAUAUGCCGCUCAACGCGUCAGGGAAGCUCGACCGGCGAGCGGUGCGGGCUCUGCUGGAGGAGGUCCCCUCUGAUGAGCAGCGGGUGUACCUGGCUGUGUCUGCGACUGAGACUGCCGCCCCCUCUACACCGACAGAGAGUCAACUGCAGGCGCUGUGGGCGGAUGUGUUGCAGGUUCCAGUCGCCCAAGUGAGCGUUCACGAUAACUUCUUCCAGAUCGGGGGCGACUCGGUUGUUGCGAUGCGGAUGGUGGCGACGGAGUCGGCUCGGGCGUUGAAGCUGACUGUGGCAGAUAUCUUCCAGAGUCCGCGUCUGGCUGACUUGGCUGACCUUCUUAGUUCACGGCUUUCAACCGAGGAGAGGAGUAUGGCGGAUCAUGAUCCAGAACCCUUUUCGCUGUGGGACGCCCGUCAAGACUUGCGGCAUCGAGAGGAACACCUUCAGCAAAUUGCUCAGGACUGCGGUGUUCCAGUGACUAGUAUCCAGGAUGUGUAUCCGUGUACUCCGCUGCAAGAAGCAAUGAUGGCCAUCACCUCCCGCCAGUCCGCCGCGUACAUCAACCGCCAGGUAUUCGAGCUCGACGGCAGCAUCGACGUGGACAGGCUGCAGCGUGCCUGGCGCAAACUCACCCAGGCAGUCCCAACCCUGCGAACCCGCAUUUCCAUGAGCCCUGGCAACGCCUCGAUGUUAGUGCAAGUGGUUGUUGAUGAGGAGAUUGAAUGGCGAACGUCCGACAGCUUGGAGGGCUACCUCGACCAGGACCAGGAGCAGGGCAUGGGACUGGGAACGCCUUUGGUACGUAUGGGACUCGUCGACAAGAAGUCCCUGGUAUGGACAGCCCAUCACAGUCUUUACGAUGGCUGGAGCACCCGUUUACUCUAUCAACAUCUGGCCGAUCUCUACCACACCGGCCAGACGCUGCACGCCCCUGCCUCCUUUCCACGAUUCAUCCGCUUCCUCGCCGAACAGGACAAUGCAGAGGUCCACGCUGAGAGUGCGACCUACUGGUCCAACGAGCUGCAGGGCGAGGUGAUGAGCAACUGGCCGCCUCUUCCAUCCGUCGACUACCAACCGCAGCCGGGACGCGAAAUCAUCAACGUCGUGCCGCUCCCUGCCAGCGGCCCUACCCAGGUGAUUACGCCUGCAAACGUGGUCCGCGCCGCGUGGGCAAUUACAAUGGCACAAUACGCAGGACACGACGAUGUCGUCUUCGCAGCAACUGUCUCUGGCCGCAAUGCUCCCGUCUGGCAAGUCGGCAACAUCGUCGCCCCAACAAUCACCACUGUCCCUGUGCGGACUCACAUCGACUGGACGGACAAAACCAGCAGCUUCCUGGCCACCAUCCAAAAGCAGGCCGCGGAUAUGAUCCCCUACGAGCACACCGGCCUCCGCACGAUCAGGGCCAUCAUCCCUCCGCAUCUCAGCCCGGCGCUCAACCUCCGGAACGUACUGGUCGUGCAAACAGCAGGCGAAGGAGAGACCGCCGAUGCUCCGUUCCCAGGCGUCAAGCCGCUCUCGCCAACCACGGCGGUGGCCUUCGACAGCCAUGGCCUGACGGUCGACUGCACCGUGAGCACCACGGAUCUGCGCGUGGCCUUCCGCUUCGACGAGGCCGUCCUCCCAACGGCGCAGGCGGAACAUAUCCUGUCGCACUUCACACACGUCGUCCAGCGGCUGUGUGAUCCGCAGCUCGAGGGGCGCACAUUGGGCGACAUGGACCUGGUGAGUCCUGGACAUCGAGCCCGUCUCGUCGAGCGCAAUGCCGCGGUUGAUGUCUCCCGCUGGGACGCAUGUAUCCAUCACCUCGUGGGGAAGCAGGUCCUGGCUCAACCGAACGCGCCGGCUGUGUGUGCGUGGGAUGGCGACCUGAGCUACGGAGAACUGGACAGCUAUGCCUCUCGCCUGGCACAUCAGCUUGUUCGCCUUGGGGUCGGCCCUGAGAAGAACGUGGGCCUGUGCCUGGAUAAGUCGCGGUGGGCGGUGGUGGCCAUAUUCGCGACUCUGCAGGCAGGAGGUGCCGUUGUGCCGCUGGGCAUCUCACACCCUCUUUCGCGCAUCGAGGUCAUGGUCGAGGACAGUGCGGCCGUUGUUAUUCUUGUGGAUGAGCAGCAGCACCAUCGACUGGCGGAUCUUUCCAGCAACAUUCCCCGAGUGAUCGUGAAUGCUCAAAGCCUUGAGAAACUGCCCCAGAGCGCUCCUUUGCCAGACGUUUCACCGGACAAUGUAGCGUGGAUCAACUACACAUCAGGGAGUACCGGUGCACCCAAGGGCAUGAUCUUGGAACACGGCGGGCUAUGCACAAGCAUGAGGACCCAAGCUGCCCGGAUGCAUAUUUCCAACAAGACGCGCGCUCUGCAGUUCUCGCCCUUUACGUUCGACGUCAGCAUCUCCGAUAUCUCAGCAACCCUGAUCUACGGCGGCUGCGUGUGCCUCCCAUCCGAGAGCGACCGCAUGAACAACAUAGCAGGCAGCAUCCAAGCCAUGGCCGUCAACUUCGCCAGUCUAACCCCGACCGUGGCGCGGCUCCUAUCUCCAGCGGAGGUCCCAACGCUUACGACCCUCGCGCUCACCGGCGAAGCGCUAAAGCCCGACGUCGUGGCUCUCUGGAAGAGCGUGCCCGGCGUGGCGCUCUACAACACGUAUGGUCCCUCCGAGGGCUCCGUGUGCACAUGCAACGGCCCAAUCUCGCGCCCCGACGAAGCAGACAACAUUGGCACCCCCAUGGCAACCCGGCAUUGGGUCACGCAGCCUCACAACUACCACCAGCUCAGCCCGAUCGGUGCGCCCGGAGAGCUUCUGAUCGAGGGACCCCUGAUCGCGCGGGGAUACCUCAACAACGCAGAGAAAACAGCCGCGUCGUUUGUUCCGCCGCCCGCGUUUCUGACUGCGCCGUCUGGCUGCCGCAUCUAUCGGACAGGCGAUCUAGUCCGCCAGAACGUUGACGGGUCGUUUACCUAUCUCAGUCGACGAGACACGCAGGUGAAGAUCCGCGGCCAGCGCGUCGAGAUCGGCGAGAUCGAGCACCAGAUUGUGAAGCAUAUGCCAAGUGCGCAGACGGCCGUCGUGCAUUUGCUCGAAGAAACCGGCCUUGUUGCCGUCAUUGCGCUGCGUGAAGCGGAAACAUUGCAGGCAGAGCCGGCCGGGACCAUCGCGCCCUCGCCAGCCUUGUGCUCCGAGUUUGCCAGCCUGCGCCAGGCGCUGCUUCGCGUCUUGCCUGAUUAUAUGGCGCCGACCUUGUUUGUCCCAGUUCCGGGCAUCCCCACGAAUGUCUCUGGCAAGGUGGAUCGCCGCGCAGUGCACGAGCUCCUGCUGUCGCUCCCUCCAAACAGUCUGGGCCGAUGGACCGCCGAGCAGGAGACCGUGCCAAAGACACUCCAACCAGCAUCCGAGAUGGAACAACUGCUCCAGGACCUCUGGGCGCGGAUGCUCAAGAUCCCCGUGGACAACGUGAGCCCUCAGGACGACUUCUUCCGCCUGGGAGGGGACUCUGUCACAGCAAUGCGGAUGGUUGCGACUGCGGCUCGCACCAAGCUUGCCGAGGUUCUUGAAGAGCGCGUGCGGGGAGGUCUCGAGCAGGAAGAUAUACAGAGUGUUGAGCCAGACCCCGAGCCAUUCGCACUGUUCACGGACGCAUCAGAUCCCGCGUCUGGACUCCAUGCCCGGCUUGCCACAGUGGCAGAGCAGUGCGGCGUUGCGGUCGAGCAGGUGCAGGAUGUCUACCCCUGCACACCUCUCCAGGAAGCCCUUCUGGCCAACACUUCGCGCCAACAAGCAGCCUACGUCAGUCGGCAGAGCUACGUCCUCUCCCAGGCUAUCGAUCUUGCCCGCUUCAAGGCAGCAUGGGAGGCCCUGGCGACCGUCACUCCCAUCCUCCGCACGCGGAUCGUGAUUGGCGCGCAGGGAAGCUGGCAGGUUGUUGUGAAGGGGCCGAUUGAGUGGGUAUCCCACGCUGGGUCGUUGGAGGAGUAUAUCCAGCAGGACAAGGAGCGUGGCAUGGGGUUAGGGCAGCCGCUGGCACGGUACGCCAUCGUGACACAGCCAUCGGGCGAACGGUUGUUCGUAUGGACGGCCCACCACAGCAUGUACGAUGGCUGGACGGUCCGUCUGCUGUGCCAGGAGCUCAUCGCCCUCUACAACCGCGAGGACCAUGUGCCGCGACCUGUUCCCUACACCCGCUUCAUCCGCUACCUGGAGGACAUCGACCGGGCUGGCAGCCUUGAGUUCUGGAAGCAGCAGCUUCAGGGCGACGACGUCGAAGCAGACUGGCCGCGUCUGCCGCAUGUGGGCUACGAGCCACGGCCCCGGUCGUCUCUGCAUGUGAAUAUCCCCAACCAUGAUACCGAUGGGAGCGGGAUUGCGAUGGCCAAUAUCCUUCGUGCAGCAUGGGGGCUGGCGAUGGCGCAGUUCUCCGGCCACAACGACGUCGUCUAUGCAGCCAACAUCUCCGGUCGCGCAGCGCCCGUGCCAGGCGUGACGGAGAUCAUCGGCCCAACCAUCGCCACCGUCCCCGUCCGGCUGCAUCUUGACCCCCAAGCCCGCAUGACCGUGGCGAGCUUCCUGCAGGGCGUGCAGACGCAGUCGCAGCAGAUGAUCGACCACGAGCAGACGGGCUUACUGGCCAUGCGCAACCAUCCCAACCUCCAGCUGCGCAACCUGCUGGUCAUCCAACCCGCCGAGGAAAGCGACACAGUCCUUGACUUCCCCGGCAUCGAGGCCGUCCCGAGCGCGGUCGAGGACUUCGACAGCUACGGCGUGAACAUCGAGUGUGUGCUGGGAACGACGAUUCGGGUCCAGGCGCGCUUUGAUGACCAGAUCGUGACUGCGGCCUACAUGCAGCGCGUUCUCGACCAGUUUGCGUAUAUUGUGCGCCGGCUUCGCGACCCGAGAUGCAGGGAUCUGCCAUUGCAGCAGCUCAACCUCCUCAGUCCUCAUGACCAGCAGCAGAUUGCGACCUGGAAUGCCGCGCCUCCUGAGCCUGUCGAGCGUUGUGUGCAUGAGAUGGUUGAGGAGCAGGCUAUGGCACACCCAACCAAGCUCGCGGUGUGCGCAUGGGACGGACAGUUCACCUACACGGAGUUGGCGCAUCUGGCUCAGCUCCUGGCCGCUCAACUUGUCGCCCUUGGUACCGGCCCAGAGCGCAUGGUUGCGGUGUGCAUGGACAAGUCGCGGUGGGCAGCCGUGGCCUUUCUGGCAAUCCUCAAGGCCGGCGGCGUGGUUGUCCCCCUAGGCGUCAGCCAUCCGAUCCGACGCAUCGAGACGAUCCUCAACGACAACAAGUCUGAUCUGGUUCUUGUUGAUGCAAAGCACCGCCAGCGCCUCGGUGAUGGUCUCCUCCGACAGCAGUUGCUCGUGGUGGACGAUAGUCUGGAGCAGGACGGUUCUUCUUCUUUACAUCUUCCGACCGGCCAGCUAGCAAAGCCAGUCACCCCAGACCAUGCAGCGUGGGUGAUCUACACUUCCGGAACAACGGGCCUCCCUAAAGGUGCAGUCCUCGAGCAUCGAGCCUUGAGCUCCAGCAUCCGCGCCCACGGCACCCGCUACCAGUUCGGCCCUUACACCAGGAAGCUGCAGUACUCGGCGCAUACGUUUGACGGGACGAUCGAGGACUACUUCACCACUCUGUCCUGGGGCGGCCUCUGCUGCGUGCCGUCAGAAGAAGACCGUCUCGACACGCGCAGGCUCACGGCGUUCAUGCGAGAGACGGAGGUGAAUGCCCUGGCAACAACGUACACCGUCGCGGGCCUUCUCACGCCAGACGAGGUUCCCAGCCUGCGAACACUCGUGCUGGGCGGAGAACCAGCGACCGUUGAGGUGACGGAUACCUGGAAAAGCAAGGUCGAUCUCUUCAACUGCUACGGCCCCUCGGAGUGCACGAUCUUCUCAUCCGCCGCAGGCCCGAGGAAGGAUGUGGCAGAGCUGCACAACAUCGGCCAGCCGAUUGGGACACGACUUUGGGUUGUCAAUCCUGACCAUCCCGGCUCGUUGUGUCCAGUUGGGGCUCCUGGAGAGUUGCUCAUUGAAGGGCCCCAGCUUGCGCGUGGGUAUCUGAACGACGAGGCCAAAACGAUCACGGCCUUCCUCACGGAUCUGGACUUUAUGCGGCGAUUCGACAUCCCGCUCAGCACGCGACUCUACCGCAGCGGGGACAUUGUGCGCCAGAACGAUGACGGGUCGUUUGUCUAUGUCGCCCGGCGCAACACCACGCAGGUGAAGAUCCGAGGGCAGCGGGUGGAGGUUGGCGAAAUCGAACACCAGAUUGGCCUGCAUCUGGCUGAGACCAGGGCAGUGGCUGUUGAGUUGUUCAAGCAGGGUGCCCACGGGCUUCCGGUCCUUGUUGCUGUGGUCGACUUUGCCGAGAACAGUCAAUAUCGCAGCCAGCCCCCGGCAUCGAACGAGGAAUUCCUACCCCCUACCCCGGCACUGCGACAGACCUUCACAAAGCUCCAGGUCGCGUUGUCGCAAGUCCUCCCCAGCCAUAUGGUCCCGUCGCUCUAUGUGCCUGUCACGCAGCUGCCUCGAAACCUGUCCGGGAAGUUGGACCGCAGAGCCCUCCGAGGACUGCUGGACCAGAUGUCCUACGAGGCCAUUCGCCAAUACCUGCAGCACGAUGGAGAGAAGACCGCGCCUUCCACGACCAUGGAACGCACGCUGCAAGCCCUGUGGGCUCAGACCUUGGGAAUGGACGAGAUCGGCCGGAUUGGGGCCCACGACAACUUCUUCCAGCUGGGCGGAGACUCUGUAGCGGCCAUGCGUCUUGCGGCGAUCGUGCAGCAGCAGGAACAGCUGCAGUUGACCGUCGGCGAUAUCCUGUCGCAUCCUUGCCUGUCUGAUUUGGCCAACUUCUUGACCGGAGGCGCCGUUGCAGGUCCCCUCGAAACUGACCCAGAGCCAUUCUCGCUGUGGAGUGCUGUCGACAAGGAUCUCCCAACUGUUGCUGCAAGAUGUGGUGUUGCAGCGGAGCAGAUCGAGGAUAUAUACCCUGCCACCCCAUUGCAGGAAGGGUUCAUUGCCGUCACCGCACGCCAGUCAGCGGCCUAUAUCAGUCGCCAGGUUUACACACUGUCUGCUGCCCUGGACCUCGAUCGAUUCAAGGCGUCCUGGGAGACGCUGGUCAAGACCACCCCGAUCCUACGCACCCGCCUCUCGAUCGGACAGGAUGGCCAUGCGAUCCAGGUCGUUGUCCGCGACUCGAUUAAGUGGAGAUGCGGCACAGACCUCGCCUCCUAUGUGGCUCAAGACCACGACGAGGGGAUGAGACUCAAUGAGCCCCUGGUGCGAUACGCGAUCAUCGCUGAGCCGACAUCAGACAGCUGCUACUUUAUCUGGACAGCCCACCACAGUAUCUACGAUGCCUGGACGAUCCGCGCCAUCAGCACGUCCCUUGCACAAAUAUAUUCAUCCGCCGACUACACACCCACCGUCCCAUUCUCUCGAUUCAUCCGGUACCUCACCAACACCGACACCGACGCCGCCAGGGCCUUCUGGCAGGACCAGUUGGCCGGAGACGUUGUGGCAGACUGGCCGCCCCUACCGCAGAACGACUACCAGCCCCGGCCACACGGUCGGAUCCAGAAGACCAUCACGAUCCCCGGACGCUCCUCGGGCAUUCUGGAAUCCACCACACUCAGGGGCGCCUGGGCGCUUGUGAUGUCGCAGUACGCCGGCUCGAGCGACGUUGCCUUUGCCGCCACCGUGUCAGGACGCAAUGCUGCAGUGGCCCAGAUCAACGAGAUCGCAGGGCCGACCCUCACCACCGUCCCAGUCAGGGUGUCUGUGGACAGCAGCCUGACCGUCACGCAGUUCCUGCAGGCUGUUCAGAACCAGAUGACCGACAUGAUCCCGUACGAACAGACCGGCCUCCAGACAAUCAAAGCCUGCAUCCCAGAGGCCAACCAUGACGCUUUGAAGCUCCGCAAUCUCCUGGUCAUCCAGCUGGCCGCCGAGGCUGAAAGCAGCACGAUCGCGCUGCCGGGCUUGGAGGCGCAGCCCGCGUCCUUCGAGGACUUUGGCAGCUUCGGCCUGCAGAUCGAGUGCACCCCGGUGACUACAGGAGGAUCGCACGCAGUCGAGGUCGAUAUCCAGUAUGACGAGAAGGUCAUCUCGACCACCGCUGCCACCAGAGUCGCGGAGCAUUUUGCCCACGUCGCAGAGCAGCUUUUCCAUCCUGGUCUGGCCGAGUCCGCGUUGUCGGAGAUCCAGCUCCAGCUCAGUCCUGCACACAAGGAGAUCAUCUUGCGCCGGAAUACCAGCGUCCCGCCCGCCCUCGACCGCUGCAUCCAUGAGAUGGUCUUUGAGCGUGCGGCAUUGCAGCCCCACGCUCCGGCCAUCUGUGCAUGGGACGGGGACUGGACGUAUGCGGAGGUCACUGGGCUUGCUGCUUCGCUUGCCUCCUACCUCGUCACAGAACUGCAGAUCGGCCCGUCGCAGAUGGUGGGUGUUUGUAUGGACAAGUCCAAAUGGGCGGUGGUUGCUAUGCUGGCUGUGCUUUGUGCCGGUGGCACGGUGGUCCCGUUAGGGGUCAACCAUCCCGUCUCUCGGAUUGAAGGCAUGGCUCGGGAUACGGGGCUGCGAGCCAUUCUUGUGGACGAUAAGCAGCGAGAGAGGCUGUGCGGUCUUGGGUACCGCUUGAUCACGGUCGACGCGCACAUUCAAGGGCUUCGGGUUUCGGGCAGGCCAAAGACAGGAGUUACGCCGGAUGAUACUGCGUGGGUGAUUUAUACCUCGGGCAGUACUGGGACUCCCAAAGGAGUCCUGCUCCAGCAUCGUGCUCUAGCUACAAGUAUCGAGGCCCAUGGAUCUGUAUUUGGGCUUGGGACGCACACGCGGGCCUUGCAGUUCGCGGCACAUACAUUCGACGUCAACAUCCAGGACAUGUUCACCACGCUCUACAAAGGGGGCUGCGUCUGCAUCCCAUCCGAACACGACCGCGUCAACCGGCUGGCCCAGUCGAUGGCGUCCAUGAAUGUCAACUGUGCCACAUUGACAUCAACCGUCGCGUCUCUCCUCGCGCCUGAGGAGUUGCCCUGCCUGCAGACCCUCAUUCUAGUCGGCGAGCCAGUGACUCCAGCUGUCGUGAAGCUAUGGCAACCGCAUGCCACCGUGCUCAACGCAUAUGGCCCGUCUGAAUGUUCCAUCCAUUCCUCCUGCAGCGACCCAAUCACGGAUCCUGCGCUUGCCCCCAAUAUCGGCCGACCACUCGCCGCCUGCUUCUGGGUCGUGGACCCGGACAACUACCACUCUCUGCGCCCAAUUGGGGCAACGGGUGAACUCCUGAUUGAAGGUCCCGUCCAAGCACGGGGAUACCUCAAUGAUGCGGACAAGACCAGCGCGGCAUUCGUCGUUGACCCCGAGUUCAUGACACAGCUAGGGCUUUCCGGACGCCAGCGCCGGCUGUACCGGACUGGCGAUCUCGUGCGGCAGAACGACAAUGGGACCCUCACGCACAUGGGACGCCGGGAUCUGCAGGUCAAGAUCCGCGGACAGCGCGUCGAGGUCGGGGAGGUCGAAUACCAGAUCCAACGACAUCUGCCCUCCGCUCGAACAGUCGCCGUUGAGCCGCUGCAGCACGGAGACAAGGACCAGCACAUCACGCUCAUUGCCAUCAUGGAUAUGAGCCACACCGCAGCAACUCGUGAGCUGAACGCCACAGAGCCGGAGCCCUUGCCAGUCACUGCUUCUCUCCAGGCCACAUUCCGCGACCUCCGCACCUCGCUCCUCCAUGAUCUGCCGGCUUACAUGGUCCCGGCAGCGUACCUACCAGUGGACCGCAUGCCGCUGAAUGCAUCGAACAAGCUGGAUCGCCGUGCGAUUCGAGAACUGAUCACGCACCACUCUCUGGAAGACCUGCAGCGAUAUCUUGGGGCCACGGAACAUAGCGUCAAGACCGCGCCCAGGACAGCCAUGGAGCAGCGAGUGCACGCUCUGUGGGCCGAGGUCUUUGGGCUCUCCAAGGACGCGGUCGGCGUCCACGACAACUUCCUCCAGCUGGGCGGGGACUCGUUGACCGCAAUGAGGAUUGUUGCCGCGGCUGGCCAGACGACAGAAGUCCGAGUGUCCGUGGAGGAUAUAUUCACGCAUCCAACUGUGGCGGACCUCGCAUUGGUACUGUCUGAACGCGAAGACAGCACGGUCGAGCAGGAACAAGACCCGGCACCGUAUCAACUGUGGGCCGAGCAGAACACCCUCGCCGCCGAUCAAAUCGAAGAGCAUCUGGAUACCAUUGCCGUACAAUGCGCAGUUGACCGAGCUCUCAUUCAAGACGUCUACCCGUGUACCCCCCUGCAGGCGGGUCUGAUAGCCAUCACGGCCAGACAGCCGGCGGCGUACGUGAGCCGGCAGGUAUACACCCUGAGCAGCAGUGUAGACCGCGCGUCCUUCCAGCAGGCAUGGCAAGAACUCGCUGCUGGAGCCGCGAUCCUACGCACUCGCAUUGUAAUGGCGCCAGAUUCAGCCUCCCAAGCCCUGCAGGUUGUCGUGGACGAUGCCAUCCACUGGGAGCUCGGCACAGAUCUGGACGAGUAUAUAAGCAGAGACACUGCACGCGGAAUGUCGCUAGGCGAGCCCCUCGUCCGAUACGGUCUUGUGCGGGAACCGUGCGGCAAGUGCUAUUUCAUCUGGACCGCGCACCAUGCGCUCUAUGACGGAUGGACCCUUGGAGCCCUUAGCAAACGCCUGGGCGACAUCUACCAGAACCGCGCCAUUGCAGCUCAAAAUGUGCCGUACUCUCGAUUCAUCCGCUAUCUGCAGCAACGGCGCUUGAGCUCGGAAGCAAGUGCUCGCUACUGGCGCGAGCAACUCCAGGGCGAUGCCAUGGCCAGUUGGCCACGUCGGCCUGCACUGGAUUACCAGCCCAUGCCCCGGCAUAACCUGCUACGUAAUGUGCCGUUAGCAUCUCAGACCGUAGCAACCCCGUCGACGAUCCUCCGGGCUGCGUGGGCGCUCGUCAUGGCGCAGUACGCAGGGCACAAAGAUGUCGUCUUUGCAGCAACGGUUUCUGGCCGCAGCGCACCAGUGCCGGGGAUUGCAGACAUCCCAGCGCCGACAAUCACCACGGUGCCGGUGCGAGUUCAUGUUGACGCAACCCAAUCCGUGGCCGACUACCUGCAGGCCGUGCAGCGCCAGGCAAUUGACAUGAUCCCCUACGAGCACACAGGCCUCCAAGCUAUUAAAGCCCUUGUGCCCGAUCUCGCGUCCACCCUGGACGCCGGCAGCUUGAUGGUCAUUCAACCAGCGGACCAGAGCGCGAUGGAGUCGGGCCUUGACUUUCCCGGCCUCGACACAGUGCCUAUGCCCAUCACGCCGUUCAACAGCCACGGCGUAACGCUCGAAUGCAAGCUCGGGGCGCAAGAUGUCACGCUGGACAUCCACUACGACAGCACCAUUAUCGCCCCGGAACAGCUCACGCGCGUGAUCGACUACUUUGCCUCCAUGAUCCAGCGUCUGGGCGAUCCGGCCGCCACAGCAUCGCCAGUGGCUGAUCUCCUGGCCGUCAGCGAGAAAGACGAGUCCCAGGUUCGCGCGUGGAACUCGACCGUUCCACCGCGCCUCGACAAGUGCAUCCACGAGCUGGUGCAGGAACAGGUGCUCCGGACGCCUCGUGCAGUUGCCAUCCACGCCUGGGACGGCCAGCUCACGUACCGCGAGUUCCACGAUCUCGCUGCCAGCCUCGCGCACCAUCUGGUUACUCUGGGAGUUGGCCCCGAGACGCUCGUUGGUGUCUGCAUGGACAAGUCGAAAUGGGGUGCUGUGGCGAUGCUGGCUAUCAUGCAGGCUGGGGGCGCGAUCAUGCCCCUUGGAGUGUCCCAGCCCCUGGGGCGUAUCCGAACCAUCGUGGAGACGUCGCAGGCAGCGUUGAUUCUAGUCGACGAGCAGCAGAUGGAUCGAUUGGAUCAACUCGCCAAACUCAUUCCUGUUGGUGAAGGUCUACUGACGGACAUCCCAUCGUACACUCAAGCACCGGCCACUGGGGUCACGCCAGACAACGCCUCGUGGGCCAUCUUCACCUCGGGCAGCACUGGAACCCCCAAGGGUGUUAUUAUCGAGCAUGGGACUAUGGCAACCAGUCUUGACGAGCAAGGCCGCUGGCUUGGACUCAGCCAAGAGACACGAUUCCUGCAGUUUGCCUCGUACACGUUCGACAAUGUGAUCACCGACACGUUCGCCACGACCAGCUUUGGCGGAUGCGUCUGCAUCCCCUCAGAGAGCGACAGGAUGGACCGACUGGAGGAGGUCAUGGUGGAGAUGAAGGUCAACACGGCCAUGCUGACAUCCACCGUGGCCCAGCAGCUCUCCCCUGCCCAACUCCCGCUGAUGCAGAAGCUCAUCUUGACCGGUGAGCCCGUCCGCGCCGACGUCGUCCAGCCCUGGCUGGGUCACGCCGAGGUCUACAACGCGGCUGCCUCCGAGGCCAGCAAUAUCGGACACCCCCUCGCCACGCGGCUGUGGGUUGUGCAGCCCGACAAUCCCCAUCUCCUCGCUGCAAUCGGCGCCCCCGGGGAGCUGUACAUCGAAGGCCCCUUCCUGGCCCGCGGCUACCUCAACGACCCCGUCAAGACGGAUGCGUCGUUCCUCGUCGACCCGCCCUUCACGCAGAGACUGGGGCUGACUGGGCGCCGCGUCUACCGCACCGGAGACCUGGUGCAGCAGAACGAAGACGGCACGCUGGUCCAUCUGGGCCGCUGCGACUCCCAGGUCAAGAUCCGCGGCCAGCGCGUGGAGAUCAGCGAGAUCGAGUACCAGAUCACGCAGCACCUGCCUGAAGCCAGCACCGUGGCUGUCUUCAUCGUCGACGACAACCCGGUCACCCUCGUUGCGGCGGUGGAAUUUGGUACCGACAGUCCUCAUCGUCUGGGCCCGCAGAGUCCGUUCAAGGGUUUACUCGCUCCGACAGAGGCACUGCGCCUCGCGUUCACCAAGCUCUACGGCGCCUUGUCCCAGGUCCUCCCUAUCUACAUGGCACCCAGUGUCUUCGUCCCCAUGCACGAGAUGAGCCGGAAUCUAUCAGGGAAGCUCGAUCGACGCCUCCUGCAAACAUUAUUGAAAAGUCUUCCCACCGCAGAGCUCCGGCGGUAUCGCCUGGGCGAGGGACCAAAGAUUGCACCCUCGACGGCAAUGGAGCGCCAGCUGCAAGCCAUCUGGGCGAAAGCACUGGAUCUGCCCGAAGAGCAGGUCGGCGCCCACGACAACUUCUUCCACAUUGGCGGCGAUUCCCUGGUGGCCAUGCGCAUUAUUGCCCUCGCGCGUGCGCAGAAGCUCAAGCUGACCGUCGCCGAUCUGUUCAAGUCCCCGUGUCUGUUUGAGCUGGCGCAGGUCGUCGCGGAUCGCGUCGCAGCGAGCAGCAUUACACUGGCGGAAGAUGAGGAAGCGUCUGCGCCUUCGCCCUUCUCUUUGAUUCCGGCGGAGGAUGUCCAAUUGAUUGUCUCCCGCAUGCCAGGGCGCAAAGCGCAGGAUGUCGUCGACAUCCUGCCGACAACAGAUUUCCAAGCCUUGACGGUGGCGCAAGCCCUGGCCACGCCGGGGACGGCCAACUUUGCUCAUUUCAUCCUCGAUGGUGAUGGGGCAUGCGAUGUUGAGGUGCUGCGCAAGAGCUGCCUGCAACUGAUCGAGGCCGUCCCGCCGCUGCGCACCGCGUACGUCCUCAGCCAGGGCGUGCUGCUACAGGCGGUGCUACAGAUCCAUGAGCCAGAGAUCAAGAUCCUCCAGGCCACCGAUGCGACCGUGGAAGAGGUGACCAGCAAUCUCAUCAGCAAGCAGAUGUUCCAGCCCCCGCAACUCGGGCACCCUUUCACGGCGAUGGCCAUCAUCGAGGACCCUGCCAGCAGCCGCCAUCGAGUCGUCCUCCGUCUCACACAUGCAGAGUACGACGCCGUGUCUAUGCAAAACGUUUGGCAACAUCUCCGCGCUCUGUACGAGGGGGCGGCCUUAAAACCACGACCCAGCUUCGCCUCGUUCCUCUACAACCAGCGGGAGAAGAUCACCACGCAGACGUACGACUACUGGCGCACACUGCUGGACCAGUCGAGCAUGACGCCCUUGCGCAGCCAAACCUCAACACAAACCGAUACCAUCGGCCAUUACCCGUCGACAGUGGCCCAGCUCCGUCCGGCUCGUGUCCACCUCAACAAAUCCUCCGUCAACAAUAUCACAAACCCAAUCCUCAUCAAGACCGCCUGGGCCAUGACCCUGAGCCGGCUGUCCGACCAUCAAGACAUCAUCUUCGCAGACACGGUCUCCACACGCGGAACCGUCGACGACUCGCUCAUGGACGCCGCAGGGUGCUGCGUGACUAUCCUCCCCGUCCGCGUCAAGCUUUCGCCGGCAACCUCGAUGCAGGAAGCCCUCCUGCACCUGCAAACGCAGCAGGCCGAAAGCCUCGAACACGCACAGCUCGGGUUCCGAGAGAUCCUGCAUGAGUGUACGGCCUGGCCGACCUCGACGCGGUUCACGUCUGCGAUUAACUGUCUCUCCGAAAAUGCCGGGGGCAAAGACGCAUUCACGAUGCGCGGUACAAACUACACGCUUUCCCAGUUCGCGGCAGACGAUGCGACCUGGACUGUGGACCUAGGCGUCACUGCCGUCAUGCGCGAUACCGGCGAUGUCGAGCUGCGGAUGGCGUACCUACCCGCGCGGGUCGCCGAAGACGCGGCGUCCGAGUAUCUCAACACCCUGCGCGAUACACUGCAGGCUGUUCUUGACUCUCCGGGUCUUCUUGUCUCGGACGUCCUAGCGAGACCACUGGGCUCUCGCGGCGACAGGAAGGGGGCGUCUUCUCCCAAGAUCGAGUCUAUAGACCCCGAGCAAGAGGCAGAGGCAGAGCAAGAGACGGAGACGGAAACAAUGACAUAUCUCGAGCUGAAGCAGAUGCCAGAAUGGGAACAGGUCCUGCAAGGGAGACGGGGCGUCGACAGCACCGGUCACACGAGCCCGUCGUUCUCGCAGCGCGGAGGUGAUCUCCUGGACGCGCUGUAUCUGUCUUCUCUCAUGGAUGGGCAUAUCUCGCCUAUGGCUAUUCUAGAGGGGUCUAGGGGUGAAGAGGUCCAGGCCGGGAAGCCAGGUUCGGUGACUUCUUCCAAAGGCCGGGGCCGCUAUGCAUCGUUGGGGAUGGUCUGGAGCAGGAUCAGGCUGGGGUAUAAGAGGGUGGUGUCUGGGUCACGGCCGAAGAGGUCGAAGGUCUCGUUGCAUGCGUGA